GAGAUGGAAAGGCUUUCAAGUCUGACAUGUGAACUUAAUUUGCUGACAAUACUAUCUAACUAGAAUUCACAUGUCUUUCUCAAAACACUUGUCAUUAAUGUCUUCAUUCAUAACGUAUAGGUGUUACAGCGCUUUUAGUUAAAAACUAAAACACGAGUCUUGAUCCCACGGGCACGGCUUCCGUUAUCAUCGUCAUCUAUGGAGGUCGCAGAAAGUCUCAUCAUCUUCAUUCAAGCACUAAUACUAAUAUGAUUCCUCCUCACGCCCAAUUGCUGACCUCCCCGCCCCCAAUUCUCAUUCUUCCCACAGCUCAUUUUCUCAAACCUCGCAUUUCGCUGUCCGCACCACCCUCCUUUAUCAAGUCAAUUAAAAUCAACAGAUCUGCGUUGAAAUGCUCAGCCGCUAGCUUAGUUUCAGAGCCACCGCAAUUGGAGUUGAGCGACCACAAUCGCAGGCCUUUCCCAGCUGAGGUUACAAGAACCAUUCUGGAAUUAUCGAGCGUGGGCACUCUUUCCACUCUUAGUGUAGACGACGGCUCGCCUUUGGGCUUCGGCGUUCGCUUUGCUCUCGACUUCAAUGGAACUCCCAUCUUGUGUUUGAGAGAUGGCGUUUCUGCUGAUAGGAGCAGGAGGUGCAGUCUUCAUGUUCAGUUGGAGCAAUGCGGAGUGCGGACGCCUCAGUGCACAAUUGUUGGCAACCUCAAUAAACCCGCUGAUGGGAUUGCUUUGAGGAAACUCUGUUCAGCGUGGAAGAAGCGGUUUAAUGAGGAAGUGGAAGAAAGCUACCUCUAUGUCAUUGAUGUUGAACGAGUACUUCAGAUAGAAGAUUAUGGUGAGGAUGGCAUUUGGGUAAGUUCAUCGGAAUAUGCAUUGGCUGAACCAGAUCCACUUCGGAACUCUGCAGAGAAGAUUGUAGAUGAGAUUAAUACUAACAAUAGAGAAGAUGUUCUUCGCUUCUGCAACAUUUAUGUGGACUUAGAUUUCCAGGUAGUAGAUGCGAAGAUGGCGUGGGUUGAUCGACUAGGGUUUGAUGUGCGCGUGACAUCAGUGCAAAAGGAUGUAUAUGAGGUCCGAAUACCUUUUCCAAGAGAAGUGGGAGAUGAGAAAGGUGCAAAAUCUUCUUUCAACGGUAUGUCUCAGCUUGCAUGGGAAGUGGAAAAGAAUUUCCAUGCUUUUGAGUUCAAGAAGGUGAAACACGCAAAGAAAAUUGGAAAUUCAGUUCAAACGUCUGAUGUGUAGAGAAGUGUUGUUUUGGGAUGUAACAUGACCACAAGUAGCUCCCACCCAGUAUUUGAAGAGUUGAUCAUGUUAGCAUUUGCAAUAUCAAUGUUUAAGGGGUUUUUGAUUGCAUAAAUAUAAAGCGUUUUUGUUGUCUCA